CCUCCUCCUCCUCCUCCUCCUGCGCUUUGACCAAACCCAACCCAACCGCCGCGCUCGCUCUCCUCUUCGCAUCGCCACCCACGCACGAGACCUAGCCCACCGACCGACCGACUCGAACCCCCCUCCCUCCCCCCGGAAUCCCCCAGCCAGCGGCGCGCCGGCGGACCCAUGGAACCCUCCCCCAUCGGCGCCGGCGGCGGCUCCUCCCCCUCCGGGUCGGUGGAGCGGUGGCGCGCGGACGCGUCGCGGGCGUUCCAGCACUACCUGGAUCGGGCGGCGCCGCACACGGCGGGGCGGUGGGCGGGCACGCUCGUGGCCGCCGCGGUGUACGCGCUGCGGGUCUACUUCGUGCAGGGCUUCUACGUCGUCACCUACGGGCUCGGCAUCUACCUGCUCAACCUCCUCAUCGGGUUCCUCUCCCCCAUGGUCGACCCGGAGCUCGAGGCGCUCGACGCUGGGCCGGCGCUCCCCACCCGCGGCUCCGACGAGUUCAAGCCCUUCAUCCGCCGCCUCCCCGAGUUCAAGUUCUGGUAUGCUAUCACGAAAGCCUUUUGUGUUGCUUUUGUGAUGACAUUCUUCUCUGUGUUUGAUGUUCCUGUCUUCUGGCCAAUACUUCUCUGCUAUUGGGUUGUGCUUUUUGUCCUGACAAUGAAGCGGCAAAUUGUGCAUAUGAUAAAGUACAAGUAUGUCCCAUUCAGCAUAGGAAAGCAGAAAUAUGGUGGGAAGAAAGGCCCAGGAGCCAGUGCGUCUAAAGACUGAGAGACCUUGGAUUGCAGAUCCCUGUGUUGCUGCUCCGUGAGGCAACAUGCUGGCAUGCUGGUUUUUUGGUACCAGCUACUGACAGUGGAUGUACAACUCCAUUCUCUAGUCAAAAGAAGCUUAAAGAGAUUUUGCAUCAGCUGAUCGUCUUCUGUGCUGUAUAUCAGUUUCUUCUGUGCAAUGACUCGCGAAACUGGCUCUACUACAUCAUUUACAGUUUUUGUGUUGGUGUUGCACUUGUAUGGACGUGGUAAUGAACCUAACGAGUCCGGUGCAAUGCAAAUCAAAACUAUUGGGGCUUGAUAUGGAUUUGUGCUGUUUAUGAUGCUGGAAUUUAACAUACUCAACACAUUUAUCAUGGUUGUAUUUAUCCUAAACAUUGUCUGCUUUUUGUGUGCAUUAGCCAUUCGGUAAUUGUUAUGUUGAUUGCCCU